AAAAAAAAAAUUAAAAUAUAUUAGAAAAACAGAAAAAUAUAAAACAGAAUGGCAAAAUUUUUUCUAACUAUUCAAAUAAAAAAAUAUAACGGAUACGGAUAUCUCACAUCUCGUCUCGAUGCUUAAACACUUUUCAGGUUCCCACCAGCAAUCCCCUGUUCAAUCGCUCGUACAAGUGAUUUGAGUGCUUUAUGAAUUCUGUGUAAAUAUAUUUCGUGUUGCUGCUACGGUGUGUCAGUUUGUCAGCCACGGUCGUUUUUGUUCUUCAGUUUCUAAAUACGCGAAAUCAAUUCCAAAUUGCCAGCAAAUAUUCGAGAACUUAGCAGCCAAGCACCACUCCCGAUUACACAAAAAAAAAAUUAAACAAAAAAUUUUAAAAUUUUUUUUAACAAAAAACAAACAGUGUCAUUCCAAUAACAUUAAAAAUAAAAAUAAAUAAACAUGCACUUCUAAAUUAAAAAAAAAAAAAAAAAAUAUUUUUCAAAGAAAACUCAUGAAAAAUUCCCCAAGAAAACUUAAAAACCACUGACACAAAAAUUUAUAUCGUCCGUUUUUAACUGAUGUACAAACAAAAAUUACCUCAAACCCCAUUUAAAAAAAAUACAAAAAAAAAUUUAAACACAAUAUUUUAUUAGAGAUCUGGUCUCAGGUACAAAAACAAAAAUUCUACAAAAAAUAAAAAAAAACUAAAAAUAUAUUUGAGUAAAAAUUACAAUAGUUGCAAGUGUUUAAUUAAGUUUUCCUCACACAAUGAGGAAAAUCAUGCAAAAACCAAAUUGAAGCCAACUCUGGCUCUGGGCAGAAAAAACAAAAUACACACUAGAAUUUGACAACAGCAAUAUGAUUAUGGUGCAACAUUUGGUGGCUGCAAAUGCCCAUACAUUUGCCAAUACCUCAAAUGCCACAGCCUCGCCUUCACCCUCGCCACCGGCCACAAAUGGGCAUUUGCACAGCAGCAGCCCUUUGGCAUCACCCUCAACGGCCUCAACAUCCUCCUCCACAGCAUCACAACAGACUAUGGCCUCCUCACCAUUAUCCUCGCCGGCGGCCGGCGAGAUGGUGGCUGCGGUCUCAAAAUUAUCCUGCAACAUGGAUACCACAACCAACCACAAUAGCAACAGCAGCAGCAACAGUGAAAGCAUGCAAACCCUAAUUCAUAGGCCUGUCUCACCUUCAAGCUGUCAAUCGCCGCACGACUCGUCAAUCGCAGCCAACAAAGAAGAUUGGCCAACGUCAACGUCACCACAAGGUCAUCAUCAUCAUCAUCUUCAGGAUGCUGCAAGACCCCCCACGCCCCCCAGUGCCAUAUGUGAGGAGGCGACUUGUGAGGAGCGUGUGGCGGAUUACAAGGACUCCACACAGAGUCCCCAGCAUAGUCCUUCAACAUCACCUGCGCUGUCAAAUCACUCCGCCGCCACCGCCGCCAAUAAUGCUGACAGUGAACAGCAUCAAAUCUCAACAUGUCGACAAAAAUUUGCCGUUCUCUACAAUCAUUUGAGGCAACAACAGCAAACACCCUCCCGCCCGGACUCAAUGGAUGUGGAGACGACAUCUCCCACACUGGGGCAAACGCAUCUAACACAACCCGCAAGGCGUUCCGUCAUUACCAGUCGUGAAGAAGAGGAUUCCUUGUCAGAGGAGCAUUGCGCUUCAGCGCCAUCUCCAGACCAUCUGGAAAAGGAGCUGGCAGAUCAGAGGCAUUAUCAACAUAAUUCACAACAACUGCAACAUCAUCACCACUACAGCAGCCACCAGCAGCAACCACAACCACAAAAACUUCAUCACCAUCUCCCUGAGCAUCCGCCUUCGGAUCACUACCACAGCGAUGAGGAGGAAGAGGAGGAGGAGGAAGAUUUCGACGAUGAGGCCCCCCUGGAUUUAUCAUUACCCACAAAACUUGCCAGAAGUCGGGCGCGCACUUAUUCCGGUUCCGAUUCGGAUGAUUCGGGUUCGGGUGUCCAUGAUGGUGAACGCGGUAGUAUGGCGCGACGUCUAAAACCCGAGGAGCGUAAAGCUGCCUACAAAAAGUCAUUAAUGAAGCGAUAUUAUACUGAAAUUCCUAUUAUAAAACAAUCAACAAGUCCGGGACCUCAUCUACACACGCACCUGCCACCACAUCAUCAUGCGCAACAAGCGGCACAUCAACAGCACCAGCAGCAGCAACAACAACAACAACAGCCUUCAUUAACGCCACAACAUUCGAACGCAAAUCAAUCAACGUUUACAGGAUCAACCACUGUCAUUAAUAUUAAGACCGAGCAAAAUGUUCUAACAUCGCCCACACAACACCAACAACAGCAGCAGCAACAGCAGCAACAACAACAGCAAUCGCUCGGUGCUGGUGGAGGUGGCGGAGUUAAUUUACAACAACACGGCGGCAAUCUGACAGGACCUAGCAGCAAUAAUCUACAGUCAUUGAAUAUACCACACCGGCCACUGUUGCACAACCUGCUGAGCGGUGGUUCACUCCACAGCACACAUCACAGGAGUUAUGGUGCGGGUACAACAGGCUCAUUUCCUCCCAGUCCGGCCGAUAGUGGGGUGUCCGAUGUGGAUAGCUCAAGCUCAGGUGGCCAGCCGUGUAGUGAUGAACUUAAGGCACGUCUCGGUUUACCACCCCACUGUACGACGCACCCAUCACAUCUGGCGAAUGGCACAUUUCUGCAUCCCAAUCUAUAUCAGAAUUCUCAAAUAAGAAAUAUUUGGAAUCGUGGAAUGGCCGAAAAUUAUUAUUUACCCCUGGCAACAAAUGGCGGCGGGGGUGGCGGUAAUCCAUCCAGCAACGGUCCAAUUGGUAAUAGCAAUGUCUCCUGCAGCUCAACGGCGCCCAAUGGCUCGUACGGUGGUGCGCCCUAUUUUACCACACCCUCUCCGCCUCGUGCAACGGUCGGCUUGGGUUCGCAUCAUUCCCUACAUCCACAUCAACAGCAUGCUUUGCAUUCACACCAGCAGCAUUCCUCCGUGUCAAAUCCCACUGUUGGCUCGACCAGCAACGGCGUCCUCUCGUCCAAUGGCGUACUAACGCAUCAGCAGAGCGUCAUACAACCGGCCACGUCAAGUGUGAACUAUGAUCUCUCCUAUAUGCUAGAAUUGGGUGGAUUCCAGCAGCGCAAAGUGAAAAAGCCCCGCAAGCCCAAAAUCGAGAUGGGUGUAAAGCGACGUAGCCGCGAAGGCUCCACCACAUAUCUGUGGGAGUUUCUACUCAAGCUGUUGCAGGAUCGCGAAUAUUGUCCACGUUUCAUAAAGUGGACGAACCGCGAAAAGGGCGUCUUUAAGCUGGUCGACUCCAAGGCCGUGUCACGCCUAUGGGGCAUGCACAAGAACAAGCCCGACAUGAACUACGAGACCAUGGGUCGAGCCUUGCGUUACUACUAUCAAAGAGGCAUUCUGGCCAAGGUCGAUGGCCAGCGUUUGGUCUAUCAAUUCGUGGAUGUCCCCAAGGAUAUUGUGGAAAUCGAUUGUAAUGGUGUUUAAUGAUGAAAAAGCGAUGGUAUUUCAAAUAGCGCAGUCCCAAAGACCCAAGUCAAGUAAAACCAUCCCAUCCAUAGUCAAACGGAGAAAUCGAGCAAGCGAAAGAAUAGGAAUGAAAAGGAAGCGACAGAAAACAACCAACCAACACUGUUUCAAUCGAUUCCCAGUCAACUUUAGACCACAAUUUUUUUUUUCAAAUAAAAAUUUUGUAUCGGCCGCCCCAACAACGAUCCCCUAAAUGAUUUCCAGCAUUUGGAUACACGCUUUUAUGCCUUGGAAGAUGAUGCAUAGCUGCAAGGGAAAUAUAUGCGCUUUGAGUCAUUCACGCAUAAGCGAAAUUGUUACCCUUGUUUAAACAGAAAAGUAUCGUGUAUAGAGAUUGUUAAUUGGAUCAUAAGAAGCUAGGAAACGUUUCGACUUUUGUCCCCAACGACACCAAGGAAGAGUCCCACUAGAGAAGGCAGCCAACUGGCUUAGCAAAGUAAUGCAGAUACCAUGGACUACAUAACGACAGAGUACCAUAGCAAUAAAAGGGCUGUAAGUCCCACAUCCCAAUCGCAUCAGAUACAUAGAGAGCAUCACAACAGUGGGCGUUUCUAGGUUCCGGGAAACUUUGGGAAAAAUUGAAUUGAAGCCGAGCUUAAGAUUUUUCCCCAACCCUGCGCCAUCGGGAAGGUUGGGUAAGCUGUAUGAGGAUAAGCGUGUCCUUGAACAUGAAAGCAAAAAAGGAAAACCAACAUCAAACAAAACAAAAUAACCCUAACAACCUAUAUGUGUUAACUUUAUAAAAGUAAAAUGUGAACAAAUUCACAACUCUUUUUCGUAAUUGUAAAAUUAUUAUUCUUUUUUUUUUAAUUUUCGGUAUAGUAGUGUUUUCGUUUUUCCUUUGCAAGGCCAAAAAUUGGAGAGAAAAAAAAAACGCAAUUGUUUACCUUUGUUCUUCACAAGCUGUGCUAUUGGCUUACAAAAACAAACAAAGAAAUUAUCGUUAUCAACUAAAACCCACAUUGGUUAAGUCUAAUUUAUUCUGCACUCUUGUAUGCAGAAUAGGCAAAUCAACUAAAAUUGUGUAAAUUAAUCGAUUUAGAAAUAUUUUCAAGAAAAUACAUAACAUACAUACAUAUAUUUACUAUACAAGACAAAAGCAGGAUCAUAUCCAAGAUAUGACGGUAUGAUGAUGCAUCGUAGUUUCAUAAGGGAUAUGUUGGAUAUAGUGUUGUAAUUACAUACAGUUUUCUAUUAUCAUUAUUAUUAUUACUAUAACUAUUAGUAUGGAUUAAUUAAUUGAUAUAUAAUUGUUAAUAACGUUUAAGAUUUAUUCUAUUACCACUAUUAUUACUAUUAUUAUUAUUAUUAUUAUUAUUAUUAUCAUUAUUAUUACCAUUACAAUUACCAUUAUCAUAAUUAGAAUUAUUAUUAUUAAUAGUAGAAAUAUUCUAUUCUAUUUGUAGCUGUUUAGCAUAAUUUUUACUCUACUCUGUAUUUUAUUUCUCAUACAUAUAUGUAUGUGUGUUUUAUCUUUUAAUUUUAUUGUUUUUUUUUAGUCUUUCACCGAGUGUAAAAAGAACAACCACUUUUGCUGUACGAUGAAUUAUUUUUAAAUCAAACAAUCAAUUUGUAUCAUAUUUUUUGUUUUUGUUGCUUAUUUUUUAAUUCGAGAAAAAAAAACAAAAAACAGAACAACCUAAAGUAAACUUGAAAAUGUUGAUUUUUUUUUUUUUUGAUAAUAAUAUUAAUAUAAUAAUACAUAUGUGUAAUACUACAAUAAUUGAAUUUUUAGUAACUUCUUUUUUGUUUAUUUUUUAAAAAUGGAAACAAUUUUUUUUUUUUGUUUCUUGUUAAUUAAGGCAAAACAACCAGAGAACUAUGCAAUAAUAAUUUAAACAAAACUCAAACGUUUUAUGUUCAAACUACAAGUAUGAUCAUGAGAAACCAAAACCCCCGCCCCUCUCUUGAAGUGAGAAAGAGAGAGAGAGA